CUCAUAGGUAAUAUGGGCCUUAGAAGUAAUAUUUUAUUACUAUGAACUUCAGUAUUUGGCAUUCUAUAAGGAAAAAAUAUCAAAACAUAUUAGACAGUGAUAGAUGACACUGAGUGGGAUGAACACUUUUUAAAAUGGCUUCUGGUUUGUGUGAAUGCCUUCUCUAGCCUUUUAGAGAAGCACUUCUGUUUUUAAAUGGUUUACCUAAACACUAAAAGUUAGAUUAACCCCCUCAAAACACACACUCUUCGUUUAGGCUUCAAGAGAAUGAAAAUCUAUAUAUUAUUUAUGGCACACAAAACUGGUACUCUUCUUAUUUGACUUAAUAUAUUGUACUGCUUCAAAAAGUUAUAUGUCCUGAGGUAGCCCCACAGUAGGAGUGGCAGGGAAUUCUAAUCUGAUCUUCAAUUUCCAAAACUUGGCUUAUAGCAGGGCUUCCCUGCUAUUAGGAGAUGUAGAAAUUCUGCGAGCUGGCAAAGCCAGUUUUGAAGAUCCCUAGUCAAGCAGUAUUCAUUCCUCACUUCUUAGCACUUAUGGUUUACUAUCAACUUCUGUGUUGUUGACCUGUGCAGUGUAUAGGAACCCAAGGCAACAUCAGCCUCAUAACUUUAUCUCUUAACUCUCCCUUACGGGUUCUCUGUUUGAAAGAUGACUCUAGAGGGUUGACUUUUUUUUUUUUUUUUUUCCAGGUGGUUCACAAAAUAGGUUUCCAGUCUGAUUCUCAAGGAAAAAGAAUUUCUGGCCAUCUUUAUUAUGUGUAUCAGGAUAUUCUUCCAGUUGUCAGGAAGGAUUCUUUUGAGUGAAGGGACGCGCGGAGUGUGCGUAGAAGUUCCUCCAGCUUCUGCGCCCAGACUUCGGCGGGAGAAGAAGAGGGCGGGGCGCCCCGGAGCCAGGCCGUCCGGGAGAAGGCGGCGGGAUGACCCAGCGCUGAGGGAGCUGAACGUCGGCCGCUCUUCCGGAGCUGGGCGGGCGGCGUCAGCGGAACGGGCGGUUCCUGCCGCGACGUAAACAAAGGCCGUCUGCGGCGAGAAGCGAGCUGGAGGUGGGGCGGAGGGGCUGGAAGCAGGUACCGGCCCGAGGCGGACCCCUGCCCGCCCUGCUCCCGGCUCUGCGCCCUUGCCGCCCCCCGCCCGCGACCCCCGCCAGCCGGCGAGAGGCCGUCCUCGGAGAGGCCGGGAGGACGCGAGCGCGGGCGGCGGGGAGCGGCCCUAACGCCGUGCCUUUCGCCGCCGCCUCGCCUCGCGCCACCGUGCGUCUCCUUCCUUUUCCUUUGUCUUUUCCUCCGUCGCAGGUGUGGGGAUUGUCGGUGAGCCGAAGUGCAGCCUCAAGAUGGCCGAUGGCUACGAGGACCUGCGGGAGGACGAGCUCCCGGGGCCGGCCUAUGAGGGCUACGAGUCCGCGGAACUCGCCUGCCCCGCUGAGCGCAGCGGCCACGUAGCCGUCAGCGACGGGCGCCACAUGUUCGUCUGGGGCGGCUACAAGAGUAAUCAAGUCAGAGGAUUAUAUGACUUUUAUCUGCCUAGAGAAGAACUCUGGAUCUACAACAUGGAGACUGGAAGAUGGAAAAAAAUUAACACUGAGGGUGAUGUUCCUCCUUCUAUGUCAGGAAGCUGUGCUGUGUGUGUAGACAGGGUGCUGUACUUGUUUGGAGGACACCAUUCAAGAGGCAAUACGAAUAAGUUCUACAUGCUGGAUUCAAGGUCUACAGACCGAGUAUUACACUGGGAAAGAAUUGACUGCCAAGGAAUUCCUCCAUCAUCAAAGGACAAACUCGGUGUCUGGGUAUAUAAAAACAAGUUAAUAUUUUUUGGAGGGUAUGGAUAUUUACCUGAAGAUAAAGUAUUGGGAACUUUUGAAUUUGAUGAAACAUCUUUUUGGAAUUCAAGUCAUCCAAGAGGAUGGAAUGAUCAUGUACAUAUUUUAGACACUGAAACAUUUGUCUGGAGCCAGCCUAUAACUACUGGUAAAGCACCUUCACCUCGUGCUGCCCAUGCCUGUGCAACUGUUGGAAACAAAGGCUUUGUGUUUGGAGGCAGAUAUCGAGAUGCUAGAAUGAAUGAUCUUCACUAUCUUAAUCUGGAUACAUGGGAGUGGAAUGAAUUAAUUCCACAAGGCAUAUGCCCAGUUGGCCGAUCUUGGCACUCACUAACACCAGUUUCUUCAGAUCAUCUCUUUCUCUUUGGAGGAUUUACCACUGAUAAACAGCCACUAAGUGAUGCCUGGACUUAUUGCAUCAGUAAAAACGAAUGGAUACAGUUUAAUCAUCCCUAUACUGAAAAACCAAGAUUAUGGCAUACAGCUUGUGCCAGUGAUGAAGGAGAAGUCAUUGUGUUUGGUGGGUGUGCCAAUAACCUUCUUGUCCAUCACAGGGCUGCACACAGUAAUGAAAUACUUAUAUUUUCAGUUCAACCAAAAUCUCUUGUAAGAUUUUCUGGGACUUCCCUGGUGGUGCAGUGGUUAGGAGUCCGCCUGCCAAUGCAGGGGAUUCGGGUUCGAGCCCUGGUCCAGGAGGAUACCACAUGCCAUGGAGCAGCUGAGCCAGUGACCCACAACUACUGAAGCCCACACGCCUAGAGCCGGUGCUCCAUAACAAAGACAAGCCACCGCGACGAGAAGCCCCCGCACCGCAACGAAGAGUAGCCCCCAUUCACCACAACUAGAGAAAGCCCGCGCAUAGCAAUGAAGACCCAACAGAGCCGAAAAUAAAUAAAUAAACAAACAAACAAACAAAUAAAUAA